AUGCCACGCUUUGAACUCUCAUCGCUGUGGAUCGAAAAUUUAUCGAGCAUGGGGGAGCUGCAAAUUAUCUCCAUGGACUGCCAACGGGGAGUGAUGCCGAUUCUUCUUGCAGAUGGUGUACUGGUGGUACACAACAUUACUGAAGACCAGAAGCUCUUCUCCGCAACGGUGAAAAAUCCAUACAAGGUAUUUGUCGACCCCACAGGUAGUUUUAUUAUGGCACUGUCGCUUGAUGGUGAGGUUUACUUGUUUGAUGUGAAAGACACCCGCGCGACCGCGCACGUUCCGCUUUCAUUGGCGGCUCAGGACGCAUUGCAUUUGUCCUCGACGCGCUCGCAGAGCAUGUGCGUGGGGGAAUGCGUGUGCUGGUGCCCGACCUCAAUCAGCCCUACCGAUUCCACCAAACCCCCCAAACACUCCUGCAUCGUCGGCUCCAAAUACGGAGGUGCACUCGUAGAGGUCCACUUUGAAGUGGGUUCAUCGUCUCGGCUUAAACUGUACUGUGGGCGAACCCUCCAACUGCCCAAUUUUUUUCCACCGCAGAUGCCCGUGGCGUCGGUGGUGAUGGUCCUUUCCGGCGCGGACUGCCUCUUGUGGGCCUCCUCCCCCACCCAACUCUUUCGGAGCUGCGUGAAGGAAUGGACCACGUCGGGGGUGCUUUCCGCGCUCGCGGCGGGGUCGGACGUCUUUACCGUUUCGGAGGUCCCCCACCACGGGCCGGCGGACCCCCAAACCGGGGCCCUCGCCGUCUUCCAGCCCGACGCGAAUCACCCCGUCAACGCCUUCGUGUGGACCUCCGCGGCCUGGCUCGUCCAUGGCCGGUUUCCGCAGGGCGGCGCCGCCGCCGCCGACUUCGCCCCGGCCGCCCCCGGCGGGGUCUACGAGGAGCGGAUCCCCCUCGACGAGAUGGUCCGGCUGGGCGGCCCCGCCCACCCCCCCAGCGCGACCGACCCCGCCAACCUGCGCUUUCCAAGCGAGCUCCCCUUCCUGGUGGUGCCGGCCGCCUUUCACCUGAUCCUGCUUUAUCCCCAGCGCUGCCUCGUGGUGAACCACCCGCCCGGGCUGCCCUGGCGGGGCCACGCCUCGGCGGUCCCGCCGGACCACCCCAUAACCCUGGACGAGCUCAUCGCGCGAGUCCGCUUUGAUCCCUUUCGCGGCAUCCAGCACAUGGAGCCGCUCCGCGGGGCCAUCCGAGACGUCGCUGAGCGAAAGCUCUACGUCUUCAGCGACUGCCGUGUGUGGGAACUCCAGCUGGAGCAGGAGCAUCGGCAGCAAUGGAAGCUCUUCCUCGAUCGAGCGCUUCGGCCCGACCUGCCCGCAUCCCUGCGCCACCGAUUGUUUAGGGCAGCCUAUAAGCUUUCCUGCUUCAACUCGGCGCAGCGCGACAUCGUGCUGUUUCUGCACGGACAUUUUGCCUACCAACAGGGGCAGCGCGUGAACGAGGAGAUCGCAGUCGGUUUGUGGGCAAAAUGUGAUUUGGUAGAGACCAUUUACAACUUUUUGGCCGCCCAACGACGCGAGGCGGUGCUCCAUUUGUAUGUUUUGAGGCGCUAUGAGUUCCUUGUCAGGCUUUACGAGCAGGAGAGCCUCUUACCAAACCAGCUGCAGGAACUUCUGGUGCAAUUGGGAUGUUUUGUCGUUUUUGUUUUGCAGCAAAAGCUCAGCGUCCCAAACGUCGGUGAAACGGCCACGCCGGAUGGAAAUGAGGUGGAUAGCUUCUUACAACAUGCCGCCCGCCACUGCCCACGCCUGUUUAAGGAGAAAGGUUUUUACCGCACCGUCUUGCGACUGCUGGAAGAACAGGGACAGGUAAAAAAAGCCUCGGAGGUUGCAAUGCUGUCGGAACACUCGCAAUACGUCGUUACCUAUCACUUCCACCAUGGAAACUACCAAAAGGUGAUAGAAAUUCUGACGGAGAGCACCAUCUUGGGGAAAUCUGAUAUGGCGGAGGAGUGGUACGAGUACUCGCCAGUGUUGAUCCAGCACAUUCCUGUCGCUCUCAUAGCCGGCAUUCUGCGGGUAACCGCGAAGGAAGUCCGGGCUCGCCGCCCGCCACCCCUUCGGAUGGAGCGCCUCCUACCGGCCUUUCUUCGGUACACGUCCCCACAAAUGAACGAAGACCCUUCCAACACGGAGCACCAGGUUAUCGUCAUGCUUGAGGAAUGCAUCUAUCAAUUUCAUUCCACUUCCCAGACGAUCCAUCACUACUACCUCUCGCUUCUGUGCGAGCAGCAAGAUACCGUGCGGCUUCAGGAGUUCCUGAAAGACGCCUUGUUCUAUGAACCUGAAUACGCCAUACGGUGUUGUCUGCGGCACAAAUGUUUUGAGGCGUGUUUGCUCCUCUACAAGCGGCUCCACCUUUACGAGGACGCGAUUCGCAUCGUGUUGGAAACCUCGGCGCCGGAGCAAUCGGAUGGGCAUUGGCCUGUGCUAACUCGCGUGAAGGACAUGUUGAAGGAGAUCCAAAGUGAGCUCGACGCUGAAACACAGAAGCGCUUGUGGGCACUCACGGCGCAAUUGGUCAGCAAAAAAUGCGAUCCGAAGGUCACGCUUGCCCUUGUUGACGACUCCAAUGGCAUCCUUCAGCUUGAGGACGUCAUUAGUGGUAUCAGCGACCAGCAUGUGACGCGUGACCUCAAAGAAAUCAUCUGUCGGGAUCUCAACCAGUACUCAAUCGAUAUCGCGGAAAUUAAUCAGCAACAAGACAAAGCAUACCGCACCAUUGAGGGCGUGAGGCAGGAACUAAGGGAACUCCAGUACAAAUACGGCUAUGUCACCCUGAAACAGCGCUGUCUGUUGUGCCCCAGAAAUCUACUGUUGAGCUCCGAGCCGUACUUGAUUUACCCCAAUUGCCACCACGCCGUGCACAAAAAGUGCGCUGUGGCGCGGCUCGAGCGCCUGGGCGGCACGGAGGCAUUCCUUACGGAUGAGGGCGUCGCCCCACAUGUCCUGGAAUGCGUCAAUAACCUGGAGGAAUUGGCUCAGGCGGAUUGUGUGAUUUGCGGCGAAGCCGUCAUUGUUGAAAUUGACAUUCCAAUUUGUGAAGAAGACCCUUCCUGGGCCCUGUAA